GACUCUACAAUGGGUGGAAUAUCUGAUAUGUGAUUAGUCACUAUGAUAACAACUAUUUUUAUCAGAUAAGCUUUAUGAAGGUGGUCAGUAGAAUAAAAUGUUCAGAGUAAAUCAGUGAAUAGAUCAAAAUGAUGAAAAUUAAGUUAUAUGUAUUUUUAAUUGUCUGUGGAGGAUUUUUAUUAUCAGUUAAAGCAGAUGAUAAAUCAUAUUGUUUUAAUCUCACUUGGGUAGAACCUGCAUUAAGAAGCACUAAUUGUUCUAAAAUCAAAGAUGCUCCCUGUAUUGAUCCUAUACUUUACUCAGAAAAAGCACCAAAUACAUCUGAAUAUGAAGAAUUUUGGACAUCAAUGGAUCAUGUAUGUUCUGUUGCAUCUGGCAAUGUUUGUAUAAAAUAUACUUUUACUUAUAAUAAUGAGAUUGUUAAUACAUCAUCGUUUUGUGGAAAAGUAAUAGAAGAUGACGUAAUACCUAUUACAUCAGGAUGUUAUAAAGAAAGUAUUGAAGGUUACGUAUUAGAAAUAUGUGCUUGCCAAUCUAGAAGGGGGAACAUACCUUGUAAUUCAUCGGUGAACGUGAACUAUGCUGUUAUUUUUAUGAUUACAGUAUUAUCGUUUACAUUUUGGAUUUCAUAUAUUUGUUAUUAAUAUAUAUUUUACAUUAUACAUAAUGUAUAUUUGUUAUGUGUAUGUGAUAUAUCAUUGUUAUUGUUAUUGUUAUAAUUUACAUAUAUAUAUCAUCUACAUUUACUGUACAUAAUGUAGUAAUAUAUUACGUAGUAUUAUAAUGUUCAUAUUACUAUAUUGUUUUUAAUAUAUUGUGAUUUAGAUAUUUAUAAGUAGCAAACCAAAGAUAUGAAUAAAAUAUACAAUUUUUAAUUUAUCGACAAAUGUAUAAAUCUUUUUGUAGAAAUAACUUUGCUAAAAAAGAAUCAACAGAACUGUAUUCUACAAAACUUAUCUCCAGCAUGUAAAGUAUUCUGUAUAGACUAAUGAUAGUGAAGAAAUUUAUUGCAACUAUAAAAUUCGGUUUUCCGAACUUUGACUGAUAUGCAAUUCUGCUGCUAAUUUUCAUGUUGAAGCCGUUGAAUUGAGCUUCCUAUAUGACAAUACUUAUAAGCGGGUAUCUUCAUUUUGUACAACUGGCUUUGUAUAACUUUUCUUUCUUUACUCGAAUGAACCUUUAUUAAAUUGUUCUGUAUUUUUCUAGAGUAUAUUCACAGUGAUACAUUUCUGUUACAACAUUUAAAUUAUAAUCGCACUUGAUGAAAACGAUAAACAUAUCCACUUUCUCGUUACUUGUAAAACUUAUUGCGACGCAAUUGUACGUUGACGUGAUUUGAUAUAAUUCUAAAUACUGUAAUGGUUAGUGAUUCAACGAAAUGUACGGAAGUAUGAAUAUCAAGCAACAUAAACAAUACUUGUCUGUCAGUAUCAUAACCACUUUGUCAAUACUGUCAGUAGCACGGUGCAUAAUUAGCAGUAUCAGAAAAGUCCUUUCCGUAGUAGUAGUAUGAACCGUUUUCAUAUAAACAGGUCUUGAAUUUUGAAUAGUUUCGGCACUCAUAUAUCAAAGCAUAAGGAAAACUGUCCGAAAAUUGAAUCGUGAAAAAUCAACAUGGAAAACAAGAAAGUUCUCAUUCUCUACAUGCGUGAUAUGCUGACACGAAUGUUUCAGACAAGGAUAAAGACACACUAUUCAUGUAUAUUUAUCUUGCAAGAACGAGAACUUUGUUGUCUCCCAUGUUAACUUUUCACAACUCAAUUUUUAGAUAGUUUUCCCUAGCGAACGUCGACACGUAUUUAUAUAAUCGUAAUAUAGACUAUGGACUAGACUUUAGUAAACAUAACAGUAACGCUACACCUCAACGUCAGAGCAUAUUGCAUAAAAUUUGAAAUAUUUCACGAAAUAUUAAUUUUCAUAACGUUGUAUCCUAAUACUCUUUAUUUAGAAUAGCAUAAGAAAUCAAUUAAUGUAAAAAGAAUCAUAGAACUCCAUUUUUAAAAAGGUGCAAUUUUAUUUCGCAAUUAUAUGUUGCGACCUGUGCAAUGAUAGAUUGUAAUGAAUCUUAAUAAAGAACGUAAAAUUUUCCUCUACAAAUUUUUUUACCUGUAAUAGCAACAAAGUUCUAGUUCGGCCCAAUUAUCAGGCUCACCCUGUAUAGAAAUAGUAGGAAUGCUUUUCUAGUAAAAAGGCGCAACACAUUGUUAAAUUUAAGAGAAUACAAAUAUUCCUAUUUAAAUUUUUUAACGAAGUUUAUAAAGAAAUAUGUAAUAUAAAUAAAUAAGAAUCUCUUACCGAAAAUUAUUUUGAGAUUUUAUAUAUCGAAACCAUAACGGGUCUGUAAUUGGACAUAUCCGUUUAUCUAGGAACUUUUCGCAACAAUAUUAUAUACGUGGUUGUAUGUAUACAGACAGAAAACUAUUUAUAUGAUCCGUUUAUGAAUCUGCUGGUAGUGCGGAUCACGAACAAAUAUAGUGACUGAUUUUGUAUUAACCGCAUGGUAUAUGCUUUAAAAUUGUAUAUAUCACUUAAAUAUAAUAUUUCCUUUGCAAUAUGUUAAGAAGCCGUUUAUUUUAAGUAUAAUGUAAACGGAUAUUCAAGAGUGAUAUACUUGCCGAUAAAU